CACCCUUUACUUUUCUUAUCAUUUUGGUGUCAUCCAUUUUCUUUUCUUGGCUUCUUUCAAGACUCCUCGUCUUCCAACUCUAGGUCAAAGUUCAUAAAGUCUGGUUCUUGUGACGCGAAAUGUGACAAGUAAAAGGAAACGGAGGGAGUAUCAAUCAUUUGGCAGUUUAAAGGUCAUUGCACCUAAGACAAGGGAGACUCUCAGGUUUAUGGUUCUGGUGAAUCAUUGGAUGCUUCAGAUUCAGCAGAUAUGAAUUCCGACUCUGGUGAUUUUGAAUGCAAUAUCUGCUUUGAAUUAGCUCAAGAUCCUAUAGUGACUCUUUGUGGCCACCUUUAUUGUUGGCCAUGUCUUUACGAAUGGUUGCAAGUUCAUUCACGCUCCCAUGAAUGCCCGGUAUGCAAGGCUCUCAUAGAAGAGCAUAAGUUGGUUCCAAUAUAUGGACGAGGCAAAGUAAGUUCUGAUCCAAGAUCUCGGUUAAGACCAGGAAUCAAUAUUCCUAAACGCCCAGUAGGGCAGAGACCUCAAACCGCUCCAGCUGUAAAUAUGGACUACCUCCGACAUGAUGAAUUCGAUUCCAGAGUGGGUGCAAGGUUUGGAAACUCAACGUUUUCUGCUCUAGCUGAAGCUAUUCCAGCUUUCUUUAAUCUUCAUGCACGACAUGGAUUUCAUGACGCCACUGUUUAUGGGGCGACUACUGGAGUUCCCUACCUCUUUUCCGGUUCAUUUCACGGGGGUUAUGCUCAUGGAUUCCAUCACUCUAACCACCUAGACGGAACAAAGUUCUUCAUGAAGGUGCUUUUCUUGAUCGUCGGUUUCCUCUUAAUUGUUUCUCUAAUUUCAUAAAUAUGUUAAAAAGUGUAUAUCCUAUAGUAUACUAGACCAGUGCAACUAUAUUUCAUGCACGUCGUAUUAGGAGUUAGGAUUAUGUAUUUCCUGUUAUUAAUUAGCACUAGAAUCUGCACCAAGUUUUUCUCUUCAAUAAAAAGAUGGUGGAGCCUUCUCCUUCAAA